AUGGAUUCGCGGCGGAGCAUGGACGGCUCCGACAUCUCGUGCUCGUCGAACCUGACGAUGGCCACCUCGGCGACGUCGUCGAGCGGGGAGCCGUGGAGCUCGUCGGGCUUCGUGGAGGAGGGUGACGAGGAUACCGCUGCGGAUUUCAAUUGGGAUGAGGAGGAUAAUGAGGGCGAUGAGGUGGUGCCGAAGCUGGAGCCGCUGGAUGAUGUGGAUAUGGCGGAUUUCUCGCCGUCGUCGGAUGUCAAGGAGAGUGUGAUUCCUGAGACGCCGUCGUCGGUGUCGACGCCGGCGCAGGUUAAGCGGCCAAGGGGGAGGCCGAGGAAACAUCCUAAGCCGACGCCACAAUCGAUGUCGAAGGUCGCCAAGGGGAGGUCGAAAACGGGGUGUAUUACUUGUCGGCGGAGGAAGAAGAAAUGUGACGAGACGAAACCUGGUUGUAUCAACUGUGAGAAGAACUCGGUCAAGUGUGAAGGGUAUCCCGAGAAGACGACGUGGAAGAGUGGCAAGGAGAAGGCUGAAGAAGGUAGGACGACGCCGUUGUGCCAGCAAGGAGUUGAUGAGCUGAUUACAUCAACAGCCCGUUUGCGCAGGGCCUCCAGUAUCACCAUGUCCAGCAUCCAGUUACCGUUCCUGGUCCACGGACUCGAGACGGAGGGUGAUAGGAUAUUCUUACAUCACUACAUCUCGCGGUUAAGUAUCAUCUUCACUGUUGAAGGAGAGCAAGAUAGCGCUUUUAGGAAUAUCCUGUUACCGAUGGCUCAACAACAUGCUGGAUUGAUGCAUUCGAUACUGGCCUUGUCAAGUAGACAUAUCGACUACAAAUCCGACUACGGUCUCAAGAUACUCCGAGAACAUCCCAAGGUCGACAUCGAGACCCUAGAGAAACGUUCACAAUUCCACCAAGAGGAAGCCUUCAAAGAACUAGUUAGCACCCAAACGGACUCCAAAGCCACCCCAGCCACCUACGCCCAAAUGAUCUGUCUCGUCCUGCAAACCCUCUCGGACCCAACCCCCAACGGCCAACACCGCUUCCACCUGCAACACUACCAAAAACUCAUCCAGGAAUCUCCCCCGGACGACGGCGAAUCCAUGCGCUUCAUCCACGAGUUCUUCCAAUACCACAUCCACGCCGACGAGCUAAUCCACCUCCCCCAACCCGGCGACGCCCACUACAUCUCCAUAACCGAAGACUGGAACCUGCCCACGACCGUCCUACAGCCGUCCGCCGUGCGCCUUUUAGGAGUCUUCGACGGCCUCUUCCUGUACAUGUCCAAGAUAACCAACAUCCGCAACACGAUCCGGGCGAACAUCGAACGCAGACAAGACCCCAUCGUAGACUACAAAGCCUUCUACGCCGCCGCCGAAAUCGACGCGGGCAUCAGAGAAUGGACGCCCGCGUGGCCCGCCGGCGACACGCGCGAUGCGGCCGGGAUGCUGUAUCGCCAGAUGAUGUGGAUCUACCUCUGGCGCACCAUCUACCCGCCGCAGGCCACGAACUGGAAACUCGAUCCGCACAUCACGGUCGCGGUGCGGGACGGCGUGAAGCUGCUCUCGGGGUUUGGACCUAGGGAUCCCGCGCAGACGUUGCUACUCGCGCCCGCGUUCGUGAUCGGGUGCGCGGCGUUCGAGAAGGAGGUCAGGGAGCCGAUUCGCAAGGCGAUUGCGGCGGUGAAGAACUAUAUGGAGUAUCGGAAUACGGAUACGGCGUUGGAGGUGCUGGAGGAGGUGUGGCGGCUGAUGGAUGAAAGGGAUGAGAGGAGUUGGGAUUGGCAGAGUAUUGCGCAUCGGAUGGGGAUGGAUUUUUUGGCUACUUGA